AUGAAUGUCAAAGUGUCAUUUGGGGCUAAGGACUGUGUUGGCAAGGAAUUGUCUAAGAGAGUCACAUUUAGGAUUCACAUGAGAGUACACACAAAGGAGAAGCCAUACAACUUUGAUAUUGCAAUAAGACAUUCCCCUCCAAAAGGUAACCUAGUAGCGCACAUUAGGGGACACACCAAGGAGAAACCAUACUGCUGUGAGAUUUGCAACAAGUUUUUCUCAUAUAAAUCUAGUCUAGAGACUCAUGGGAGAAGGCAUAGAAAGGAGAAGACCCUACAGCUAGGUGGUCAAGUAAGCCACAUGGGACUUCAAACACAGGAGAAAUCAUAUAGCUGUGAGAUUUGCAAUAAACACUUCUCAAAUAUAUCUAACCAAAUACAACAUAUGGGAAUACAUACGAAGGAGAAGCCAUACAGCUACUUUUUAUCUACAUGCAAUGCUGUCCCUGACCAGGGGUGA